UUUAGUUCAACAUUUUCAUAAAUUUUAAUUUUUCAUUUCAGAGUUACAGUUGCCUGUCUCUGGUAUAGAAAUCAACGAUGAAUUGUUAUUUAAUAUUCUCCGUUGUGUUUAUCUUAAACCUGAACAAUGUAAUGAUUGCUCGUUUCCAGCCAGUAAGUUCUGUACCCAAAAGUUUGCAUUCAUUUCAGAAUGACGAUGAAACUACAGUAACCCCGGAUCCCAUUUCAUCCAAAAUUAGCAAGAAACUUAUUCUGGUAUAUAAACAAUUACGAUAUUUUGAGGAAUCUCCGCAUUACGAAGCAGCGGUGCAAGCCGUGGAAGAUAUAGCAAAAGAUGCAGCAGAACUUGCAAGCUCAGAAAAAAAAUUGGCUAUUGAAACACAUGAAAAAUAUAUCUACAUGUCUCUCAUAGACAUGAAGAACGUGACAAUGAACUUCAUCAAUCAGUGUUAUCCUCCAUGGAUACGAAGAAGCGAGGCGAAUCUGCCACUUAACGAAAAAAUUCUAAGCACAGUUCUCCUGAAUAUUGAGAAUCCGCGGGUGUUGCGUCUAAAGAAAAUUUUAAUUGAAAACAAAAUUUGCGAAAGUAAAUUCGUCAAGGAUUUGCAGCGUUUUCUAUCAAUGAGGAACGAAAAAGCCCAUUUGGAAAUAUCUUCGGGUGAAAGAGAGCUGAAGUCCAUCAGCGACCAAACGGUCCUGGAGUUUUUAAUCGGCGACAAACCUGAUUUGUCAUCUGAGGCUUCGGAUAUUACGACAUCGAAACCAAUUAAUAUAGAAAUCCGUCGCUCAGUAAAUGAUAGGAGGACUCGAUCAUCGAGGACCAAUGUGUAGACAAAACGAUGAGCAAGCGCAGCGACCUACAGCGAUUUUUUGUCAAUUUAACUCCUUCGAAGAUAUGCUACUAGUGUAUCAAUAUUGG